CUCCGCCCCUCGACCGGGCCCUCUGCGAGGCGCUUCCGGCGCGGCCCCGCUGGGCAUACUGGGAGCUGUAGUUCCCCGCGGGGCAUGCUGGGAGUUGUAGUCCGGCGGGCAUGGCGGAGACCGGCGAGAGGAAGGCCGCGCUGGAGAUGGUCCAGGCAGAUGGAACAGAUGGAAACUGUGUCACUUUUGUGCUGCAUGAUGAGGACCACACGCUUGGCAACUCCCUCCGAUACAUGGUCAUGAAAAACCCUGAUGUGGAGUUUUGUGGCUACUGCAUCACACACCCGUCUGAAAGCAAGAUCAACUUCCGCAUUCAGACCAGAGGGUCCCUUCCUGCUGUUGAGCCAUUCCGCAAAGGGCUGAACGACCUGAUGGGUGUUUGCCAACAUGUACUCGAUACCUUUGAGAAGAGCAUGAGAAAAUACAGGGCCCAGAGGGAGGAAGAGAUGCAGUAGCAUUUGGGAAUGGUGGUCCUCGUGGAUGUUUGUAUUGUUCAUGUACUGAAUUCCCCGUGUCAAGAGUAUUUUGGUUUUGGUUUUUCUAAUAACUACUUUGAUGUGUGUAUUUUCUCUAGUAAUAAAGUAUGUGAAGUUUGAUGCUGCAGAGGUGUUGCUGUUUUCAGCUCAUGCAGGUACAGAAAACAAUAGCUGCAAGGCAGCUCUUUUCACACUUCCAUUUUAUUUCCUCCCCUCUUCAAAUGUCGCUGUUUUCUGCCCAGGAUGUUCAGACCACUUGUGAUGGUGAAGGUAGUCUGGUGCACAGAGCUGGUCUGCUCCAGCAUACAAGGGGAAUAAAGGUGUUCAGUGCAGUGUAAAAUCAGGCUUUGAGAGAGGCUAUAGCCUCUUUCUGAUGUAAAUCCUUCUGUUACUGGCCCCAAACCCAAAUGCCUCUUGGACAGUGACAGUCAUGGGGCAUCAGCCACCUUGCUAGUAGGCCUAUUUCAGUGUUUCUUUACCUUGAGCGUGGUCAAAUUUUCUUCGUAUCCAGUCUGAAACCCCCCUGACAAAUCCUUCUGUCGUUUCUUUGCAUUCUGUCAUUGAUUACCAGGGAGGAGAGACUUGUGCGUCAUUCCUCACUUCUCAGAGGAAGAUGCAGAGAGCAGUGAGGUUGCCUUGGCCUCCUGACUGGACUGCCCAAGUGUCUUCAGACUUUCUGUGCAGGACACACCUUCAAGCUCUUUUGCCAGAUUCUUUGCCCUCUGGUUGCAUUCAAGUAAUAUAAUCAGCCUUCAUUUUUUUUAACAGAUCGCCCUCAAAUGAGCAGGGAAUCAUUUCAUGGUGAGACAAUUGAAAAAAAAAACCACAAUGAAACUUGCCUCAUUGAAACCCCCUGAAGAAUGCAGACAGCCACAAGCCCAGACCACUCCUUGUGAGCUUAUCUAGAGAGUGCAGUGCUGAAACCCCGGCCUUGUUCUGAUCUGCUGGCAGCUAGCCAGGGAAAGCCUUUCAUUGAGUGUAAUGUGGCAUGAAGUAACAGGAGUUCUUUCUGCUCUGUGCUGGGUGCGGGAGUGUGAACCUUUCCAGUUUGCUCUGCCCAGGGGGAGCACCUCUGUCUCUUCAGUGGAGGUCUGCAGUUACCAAAAGAACCUGCUGGCACUCAAUUAAGUAUUUAGCAGACUUUGCAGACCCCCUGCUGCUUAAUAAGAAACACCCAGAGACUUUCCUUUCAAACACCAACAUGUUUUAUUAACAUACAGAGGAAUAAGAGGAUGUAAAUGUCAAGUUUUCUCAAUAAAAUUGUUCUUUCAAAUACAAAUUGACAGACUUGGUUUCUGGCAGACUGGCAGUGGGUUUGUGUUCACAGGCAUUAGGUCCUGAAGCCAUCUGAACCCUGCAUUUCAUUAUAAGGCUCUUUUGCUUCAGUUUGCUGCAAUGGAUUCAUCUUGCCCAUGCCAAUGGGUUCCUGCAUCUUUACAGGUGGUUGUGGUGGCUUUGAUUUUGUCUGAUCCUGUCUGGCUUGGCUGAAGGGAAAAGGGGUGAAUAAAUAAGAACCUGACUGAUACACCUGGGCUCAGUCCUGUGACUGCUAAGCCCCAGCAGCAUGGAGAGUAACUUUAAAAAGAUCUUGAAAGGUGGGAGCUGUUUUUGCACUUGCAGUUCCAUGAGCAGCUAAGCUGCAUGGGCACUUGUUUUCUGGUGUUCCUUGCUUUAUCUUUGUGUUUGACAUGGUCUUGGUUGCAGCCUAAUAGAGACCUUUGAGAAGUGGCCAAGUGAAUGCCACCGCAGAGUUUUAAAAGGAUGCUGUUUGCAGCUGAUAGCUCUCUUCUCUCCCUCCCCUCUCACACUUAGUCAAAUUUUACGAUGUUGGUUUUAAUAGGAGACACUUGGGAGGAAAACACAAGGGGAAAGAAAGGCAAGGAGUCUGUAGUCAGUGUUAAGCAGCUGUGCAGCAAGUGGUACCAACGUCCAGAGCUGGGAUGAAUUCAUGGCAGUCUGUUUGUUGUAAUAUUAAUCGUGUGCAGAUCUGAGACUGGUUUUGAACCAUUUAAGGUGAAAAUGUUGAUCUGAGAGUAGCUGCUAAUGCAGAAAUGAUUAAAUUUGCUGUGGAGCAUAAAGAGGGAUGUUAGCUAUUUGGGGUCUGGGAGGUUAGGCAAAGUAAAAAGAUUCCCCUGUGUGGAUGUAAUUGCUGCCUGUACUGUGAGUAUGAACAGGGCCUGGCUGUCCUUAGGAGAGAAUCACAGAUCUUGAACAUUUGGGGCACUGCUCCUUAUGCUAUUACCAAAGGUCACUGCUGGGGAAUCAUUCAGAUGCUUCGGUCUUCAUUGAGUUGAAUGGGAACAGUGUGUUUAAAUCUGCUAGUCUCCAUGCAGUGUGCAGGUAAGAGAACAGUCAUUGCUGGUGGCAGGGCUGUUCCUAUUGCUGAUUUGGAUAGAGCUGGAGGAAGCCAGGCUGACACAGCUGGGGCUGUCCUGAAUGGAAGAGGACCUUUGAAUGCUUGUUUCAACGUGAUAAAGGUUGACUCUUCACAGAAAUAUGUAAAAUUCAGAUAACUAUUUUUCUAAUGAGCACAAUUAUUUAAAAAAAAUCCUUCUACUAAGAUGGAACAUUUCAUUGCUAUCAAUUUUCUCCAGUGACUUUGUCUUCCAACAAAAUGCCAGCUCGGAGGCAGAGCACAGCAUCAGCACUGUGAAAUGCAUCCAGGCCAAUCUACUCUAGUGGGUAGGUAAGGUUAUGGAAAACUUACUGGUCUAGAUAUCCCUCAGUCCUUCUGUUUAGAUUUGAAACCUAAUUGUCUUUCAAAAAUAUGAUUUGUUUGUAAAAUAUUUAUUUUUAGCUUAGCUUUCACUGAAAUACAAUGUCACAUGGAAUGAGUUCAGCUUUAUUUACAAGUUUUUUUCUCCCUUUUUUCUUUUUUCUUUUUUUUUUCU